GGCGGAGGAAGCGAGCGGGGACCCUCCCCCGGCCGAUCCGGCCAUCGCGCUCCGGCGGCGAAGAGUUUGCGCUCCUGCCCAGAGGAGCGGCUGCCUGCUGGCCCACCAUGGACUCGGAUUCCGGCGAGCUGAGCGACGGCGACCUGGUGCCGGCGGCGGGUCCUGAAAGUUUUAGUUCAAAGAGCCUUGCACUGCAAGCCCAGAAAAAGAUCUUGAGCAAAAUGGCUACCAAGACCAUGGCUAAUAUGUUAAUCGACGACACCAGCAGCGAAAUCUUUGAUGAGCUGUAUAAAGUGACGAUAGAGCACAUGAAAAGCAAGAAAGAAGCCCACAAAAUCAUGAAGGACUUGAUCAAAGUAGCCAUCAAGAUCGGGAUCCUCUACCGCAACAAUCAGUUCAACCACGAAGAGCUGGAGCUUGUCGAAAAGUUCCGCAAGAAGCUGAAUCAAGCGGCCAUGACCAUUGUCAGUUUCUAUGAGGUGGAGUACACCUUUGACAAAAAUGUACUUUCGGGACUCCUGAUUGAAUGCAAGGACCUGGUGCACGAACUGGUCGAACGGCACCUGACCGCCAGGUCUCAUGCUCGAAUCAACCACGUCUUCGACCACUUUGCAGAUGUGGAGUUCCUUACUGCCCUUUAUAGCCUUGAUGGUGAAAGCCGCCCACACCUCAAAAAGAUAUGUGAUGGAAUCAACAAACUACUUGAUGAGAAAAUCCUUUGAAACUUUGCCUUUUAAAAUAUGUAUCAGAAAGACUUGCAAACAGAGAAGCUGGGUCAGAAAUGCAAGAAUAGACUUCCUUUCUAUAAUCUCAAAAUGAAACAUCUUGGUAUUCAGUUUGUAAAUGGAAAAACAAGACAGAAACCAGUCACACACAGUUCUUGUGCCCACAAAUAACUGAGCUUUUUAGGAUGUAUGGCGGUUUGUUAUGCAAAAUCACAAUGUGUUAUGACCUCAUUACUGCCAUGCUGUGGUUCGAGUUUGAUGCCUCUCCCUGCCUGUCACCCCAAAGCCCUAACAUCCAUGUCAAAGAUCCCAAAAACCUGCAUAUGGAGGAGAAUGGAUCCAUAGAGUUUUAAUGAACAGAGGGGUCCCUGGACUUCCUCAAAAUGGCAGCUCUCCUACUGUACACAUGAUCCAAGAUCAGGAAUGAAAAUAACUUCAUUGGCCAGACACACCAGAAGCACAACAUGACACUUUUUGAAGGUUUUUUCUUCCCCUGCAGAGCAGGAAUACUAAAGUGCAAGCUGUAGAAACGUGGUGUGGGUUGUACUUUCUCCAACCUUUCUGUAUUGCCCAAGCAACUGUUUUUAGCUCCGGGAACAACAAGAGUUUAACUUGGAGAUUGAAACGGAGUAUUGGAAAGUCAGUCACUAGAACAGUUCUCCGUGGGAGCCACGCUGCUUCUCUACGACACCCGAGAGCACCAUGAGAGAGACAGUUUCAGUGUGGGGAAAUACAUUUCAUCCUUAAUCAUAUGUGCUAUGCUGAUGAAACGGCAGAGUGUGGUCAGUGUCUGACUGGGAGAGGGGAGACCUGUAUUCAAAUCCCCCAUUCAGUCACUGGUUAAGCCAGUCACAUACACACACUCAGCCUUUUCUACCCCACAAGGUGAUUGUGAGGAUAAAAUGGAUGGCUGCAAAGAACCACGUACACCACCAUGUGCUCCAUAAAUGAAAAGCAGCAAAAUUACAAGCCUCCCCCUGCCCUCUCUCUCUCUCACACACACACACACAAAAGCUUUCGCUGCCCUUCUUCCUCUCUGCCCCAUUCAUCUUCAGCCUGGGAUAAGGCAGGUUUGUUCACCCAGGCAUUCUUUCAGCAAAUCAUAGGAUCAUUAUCAAACAUUUGGUGACAGUCUUAAUCUUUUUAAAUGGUGGCAUUACUGAAGAUGCACAAAACUGGGUCCCCUGCCAAUAUUAAUAGAAACUGUAGUCGCUGCUGCUGCUGCAGAGCAACCCAGGUUUUUUCAGAUUAAGACCAAAUUCGACAACUGCCUCCAGUAAAUUCUGACAGCAGAGUUCAAAGUGCAUUCCCCUACUGGUAAGCACUGACAUGCAAGACAACCAGUCACUUUUAGCCUCUUCUCAAUUUGCCACUUUGCUUCUGUGUGGAAUCCCUGGGUAACGUAACACAAGUUAGGGUAACUGUUUGCUAAACUAGGGAAAGAAUACAAAGCUGCAUUAGGAACGAUUCAGUCUGGCCAAGUCCAUUCAGACACAGGAAGCCAGCUUUCUGCAGGAAGAAAACAAGGAAGGCAGAAAGGGUGUUCCAGAGAGGAAGCACAAGAUGGGAGAUUCUGCUUUAUAUCUUGCACACAUCGCUAUUCAGAUUUUGAUUAUUUUAGGAAACAGCCAAAUGUCUCAUCUUUUAUUUAUAAGACUUCAGUAGCCUUAAAAUUGAGGAGCAAACAUUAUGCAUUGCUCAUGUCGGUAUAUGCUGUACAUUCAUUGUUUACUUUUAUAUUGGUAGGUAAACAUGGUAAAGCGUUCUGUUCCAAAACAUUGGUAGUUUCAGUCUGCUACAAAACAUGUGUUGUAUUAUCAUAAAUUAUACAUUAAAUGAUUUGUGAUUCAACAGC